AUGACCAGUAUUACUCUCGCUCGCGCGUACCAACAAUCGUUUGAACACCACCCUUACGGCACCCUCGCCAUCACCAAUGGUGCACUCAAUGCUCUUGGGGACAUUAUUGCGCAAAUGACUGAAAAAUUCAGCGGCCCGCAGCGACGGCACUGGCAAUAUGAUGUCUUGCGCACCUUUCGCUUCUUUGCAUUUGGGGUUGGGAUGGGUCCACUUAUUGGACGAUGGAAUUUCUUCCUAGAGCGUCAUUUUCCGCUGCGUUUCCAGAGUAGUGCACUUGCUAGCAACACCGAGAGAGUGAGCAUGCGAGCGUUAUCGAAAAGAGUUGGAGCAGACCAAUUGAUCAUGGCUCCUAUUGGCCUUAGCAUAUUCAUCGGCUCCAUGGGUAUCAUGGAAGGCCGAGAUGGCCCUCACAUACAACGAAAGUACACUGAUUUGUUGGUCCCUGUGCUCAUUACAAAUUGGAAGGUAUGGCCCAUUGCGCAGCUGAUCAACUUCCGGUACAUGCCGCUGCCGUAUCGUGUCCCCUUCCAGUCGACGUGUGGUAUCUUCUGGACACUGUACCUCUCCAUUCUCAAUUCAAAGGAGUCGGAGGUGCAGCAACGAGAAGACGCCUUCCGCAAGACAUUGCAUUAA